AUGGAGUCCAGGAGGACCGUGCAGGGGAAAAACAAAAACAAAAACACAGCAAAAAACAAAAAGCAAACAAACAUAAAAAAGCAGAAGGGAAAACGAGAGAAAGGAAAAGGAAGUCUCGGAGCUGUCUGGCUCUGGUUCUCUCUGGGGCUCCAGGUGACCCGGAUGCCUGGCUCAGCCCCUCCACCCAGGCUGGGGGUCCCUCCUUGCCUGGCUGGGGGUUGGCCUGCUCUUUUUGGGUGGGGGUGGAGGCAGGGGUUUGCUGAGCUCAGAUGGUGGGAUGUUUCUCUCUUCCCUCCACCCAGAUCCUCCUUUUGUGUCCGGAAAUAG